AUGGCUUAUGUGCACAGGUUCAUCCACAAUGUUAGAGUUUCGCAGCGGAAAGGAAAGCCGAUUCAUGGUUGUUUGACACAGAACGAAUUGGUGAUGGCUGAACUAUACUUGUGGAAACAAGCACAAAAGGAGGUGUUUGCAUCGGAAAUGACCAUCCUUGAAGCGACAAGCGGAGAGCCGGACGACCGCCAUGCAACUCUUCCCAAGGGCAGCUCAAUCUACAAAUUGUGGCCCUUCAUGGACAAAGACGGAUUGAUCCGCAAACGCAGUCGACUGAGUAACGCAGAGUGGAUACCGUACCAUACCAAGUACCCGGUAAUUUUACCCCGUAAGCAUCGAAUUACGUUCCUCCUAGUUGACUAUUUUCACCGUCGUUUUCGGCACUGUAAUCGCGAAACAGUUGUGAAUCAAAUGAGACAACAUUACGAGAUUGCAAAAUUGAGAUCACUGAUUACAAAGGUGGCGGAAAGCUGCGUCUGGUGCCGAGUUCAUCGUGCUUGUCCGGAUUCGCCCCCCAUGGCUCCGCUGCCGAAGGUCCGACUGACUCCCUAUGUACGACCCUUCACAUACGUAGGUGUCGACUACUUUGGUCCAGUGCUAGUGAAGGUUGGUCGAAGCAACGUCAAGAGGUGGAUAGUCCUGUUCACUUGCUUGACUAUCCGAGCAGUGCAUCUGGAAGUCGUGUACAGCCUGUCAAAGGAAUCUUGUGUUAUGGCGAUAAGGAGGUUUGUGUCACGACGAGGAGCGCCGGCUGAGAUAUUCAGUGACAACGGGACAAACUUUCACGGGGCGAAUAACCAGCUGAAACGUGAAAUAGAGAAUCGUAAUGACUACUUGGCCUCGACCUUUACAAACACUACAACUCGUUGGUCGUUUAUCCCACCUGGCGCACCACACAUGGGCGGCGCGUGGGAAAGAAUGGUCCGCUCAGUGAAGACAGCAAUUGGGACCAUAUUAGAUGUACAACGGCGGCCGGAUGACGAGGUUCUGGAGACGGUAAUUAUCGAAGCGGAGGCGAUGGUAAACACAAGACCAUUGACAUACAUCCCGAUAGAAUCGGCGGAUCAAGAAGCUUUGACUCCUAAUCAUUUCAUUUUCGGAUGUUUAGACGGGGUUAAACAGGUUCCAGUACUACCUACGGAUUACCGUACAACGUUGAAUAGCGGAUGGAAGCUUGAUAAACAUUUGUCGGAUGGAAUAUGGAAGCGAUGGAUACAGGAGUACCUGCCAGUGAUAUCGAGGAGAUCAAAGUGGUUCGAAGAUGUGAAGGAGAUAGCGGAAGGAAGUCUGGUUCUGAUCGUAGAUGGUGCAGUACGAAAUCAGUGGACUAGAGGAAGAGUAGUCAAGGUCAUUCACGGAAAGGAUGGACGAGUGCGACAAGCUUGGGUGAAGACAACUAAUGGAGUCAUCCGUAGACCGGUCGUGAAGUUGGCGUUACUAGACGUCGUUGAAGUGGGUAAACCGGAAGCAGAGCAACUAAAUGGUUUACAGGCGGGGGAAUGUGACGUCGAGUACCCCUCGGCAACCAGCAUGCGAUGA